ACUUCGGUUGUGUAUUUUCCUCUCGACAAGAAGCUAUGGGAUUAGCAAAAUAGUCCAGAGAUGCGUGUGUCUCCCUGGUCACCUCUCACAACAUUCUCCAUUCACCCUUCCCGCCACUAAAGUGGUGUUAUUGCGCCGUACGAGCGCUGUGUCUUUAAUUAUACGGUGUUACGGAAGAAUGAUAACAUCUGUGGCUUCGAGUAGAGCCGGAAAACGAACUUGCCACCUGAGCUAACUUGCUAGCGCGUUAGCAGGCUCGGCUCGACGACAUAAUAGGCUGCCCUGCUGUUGGGAACACGGUGUGCUCUCGUUGUGUCAGAUUGACUCAGCACUCAUCGAAGAGAGUAUCGGUGAUUUUUUUUUUGUUAGUUGUUGUUUUGUUUUUGUAGAUAACAGUAUCACGAUUGUCUUCGGUGUAAUAAAUCUGCCGCGGGAUGGAGUCGCACCAAGCGAGCUAACAGCAGCUCAGCCGGUCCCCAGUGUCUUCGCAGCGUUUAGCCAGAGCACUGCUCUCAUUGCGCUGGCUAAAAAUACACGUCUUGUCCCAUGCUCAGUGCCCCUCCAAAAGUGGUGGUGUAGUCCAUAUUGGACUUGUCUUCGGCUUUUCUGGUCACCUUGCUCGGAGGUUGGCACUCUACAUGGUCACUACAGUGAAUUUAAGACGACUUGAAGAGCGAGUCGGACCCCGGGGUUGUGAGCCCAGCUGGCCUGAUCUGACGUUACAUCGUACGGGCCGGUGGGCUUCAGGUCUCCAAGUGAACGAAACUCUGCACUGGCUGAUCCGUGGUCGAAUAUCAUUUUGCUCUAAUGGCCUUGUCCUGUCAUCAGUAGUAGUAUAACGAGUCUUGGUCCAGCCGAGGGUUGCAAGACCGAAACUUGGUGAAGGUCAGAGAAAGACGCUUUUUGUUUCUACUGUCAGAGAUCAUACAGACUUUAUCUGUCCGGAGCAGAACACCAUGUCGGAGGAUAACAACGCAGACAAGUUCAUCAAGGAGACCUCCAUUCUAGACGAGUACAACAUAAACUGGACACAGAAGUUGGGAGCUGGCAUUAGUGGACCUGUCAGAGUUUGUGUGAAGAAGUCAACUCAGGAACGCCUGGCCCUGAAGAUCCUCAUUGAUCGCCCCAAGGCCAGAAAUGAGGUGCGUCUCCAUAUGAUGUGUGCCAACCACCCGAACAUAGUGCAAAUCCUGGAGGUUUACGCCAAUAGUGUGCAGUUCCCACACGAGUCCAGCCCGAGAGCAAGGCUCCUGAUUGUUAUGGAGAUGAUGGAGGGUGGCGAGCUGUUCCACAGAAUCAGUCAGCACAGGCACUUUACUGAAAAGAUGGCCAGCCAGGUCACUGAACAGAUCAGUCAAGCCUUGGAACAUUGUCACUCCCUAAAUAUUGCACAUCGAGACCUGAAGCCAGAGAACCUGCUCUUCAAGGAUAACUCUCUGGAUGCACCUGUGAAGUUGUGUGACUUUGGCUUUGCCAAAAUUGAUCAAGGAGACUUGAUGACCCCUCAGUUCACUCCCUACUACGUAGCACCUCAGGUACUUGAGGCUCAAAGAAGACACCAGAAGGAAAAGUCUGGAAUUAUACCUACCUCACCCACUCCUUAUACCUAUAACAAGAGCUGUGACUUGUGGUCUCUUGGUGUGAUCAUCUACGUGAUGCUGUGUGGCUACCCUCCAUUCUACUCCAAGCACCACAGUCGAACCAUCCCGAAGGACAUGAGGAAAAAGAUUAUGACGGGCAGCUUUGACUUCCCCGAAGAUGAGUGGAGUCAGAUCUCUGAAAUGGCAAAGGACAUCGUACGCAAGCUGCUCAAGGUGAAGCCGGAGGAGAGGCUGACUAUUGAGGGAGUUUUGGCUCACCCUUGGCUCAACUGCACCGAGGCCCUCGACAACGUGCUGCCCUCCGCCCAGAUGAUGAUGGACAAGGCGGUAGUUGCAGGUAUCCAGCAGGCCCAUGCAGAGCAGCUGGCCAACAUGAGAAUUCAAGAUCUGAACGUCAGUCUGAAGCCCCUAAACUCUGUCAACAACCCAAUCCUCAGGAAGCGGAAACUACUGGGCCCCAAGCCCAGUGACGGUUUCUUCAUUCACGACCCAGAGAAUGGAGGGGAAGACUCCAACGUAGCGCUGGAAAAAUUACGAGAUGUCAUUGCACAGUGUAUACUACCACAAGCUGGAGAGAACGAGGAUGAGAAGCUGAAUGAGGUGAUGUACGAUGCCUGGAGGUUCAACAGAGACUGUAAACUGCUGAGAGACGGCCUGCAGGGGCUCAGCUGGGACGGAAGAGCCUUCUCCGAUAAAGUCGACCGCUUGAAGUUGGCUGAAAUAGUGAAACAGGCCAUUGAAGAGAAGACGAAUCUCGAAGAAUCUCAUUAGCAAACGCUGUCUUUCUAUCUUCUUUUUAUAUUGUUUAUUAUGACCCUUUUUAACCCAUAUCUGUAAAGAGGCUUUUUUAUGUAAAAUGAUGCGCUAAUUUUAUGUUUUUUCAUGAAUUCACUUGCAAGACCUAUUGUACAGCUGUAGAUAUAUUUCAAAGAGGACUCAUUGGUACUAUAAUUUUUUUUUAAAUGGACACUUGCAAAGAACAUUGAAAAAAAAAAAAACCUAUAUUUUCAUUUUUGCAAAAAAAAAAGAAAAAGAGAAAAAUCAGUUAAAGAAAUUAUUUUCUGGGAGGGAAUUUUUAUUAGCUGCUUGUCCAAGACGUUACGUGUUUUAUCCCAGUUAUUUCAUGUUAUUCUAUUUUCUUUUCUUUUAACUAUCCUAAGAAUUUUAUUUAUUUAAACAAAGAGUUCCAUUAUUUUAUACCUUACUUGUAGCCUGGCAGUGGGCUCUGAAGUCAAGAGAAAACUGUCUACGAUGUGACUUUAUCCUUCCACACACACUUUGAAUCUCAGACUGCGUUUAAGUUAUCUGAAUCUUUGUUUUUGUGUAACUUUCCCUUGACCUUUUUGUUGUAUAGAGGUUAAGGUAGAGUGGAAAUGGAGAAAAGAAAGUGUCAUGAAAUAGAAAAAUGCAGCCCCAAAUUCAUUUUGUCACAACCUCGUUUUUGAAGCCGAGAAGAGACGACACUAAAUAGAUCGGAGCAGACUGAAAUGGCAGUCAGUACGACUGGGUUUCUUUCUGACUCAUUAAGCUCAAUGUGAUUUCACAAAAGAAUCUUAACCUAAGGUCUACUUACUAGCUUUUUUUUGGAGCUUUUAACUGUCACUCAGCCUUCUGUAGAAAAUGAUUUUUUUCAGAUCGUGAGAUGCAGUUGAAAGCUCCGGUUGAGUUAAGACUUUGUCAAACUGUUUCAGAGGUCCAGCAUUAACUUUUACGCUUAUCUAGAGUUUAAGUCGUACACACAAAGUGAUGAAACUGUUCGUCAACUUCUGAAAUUUGUGCCUGGCAAGUAAAAUGAAGUGAAUUAUUUCAAAUAUUUUCAAAAGGCUUUUUAUACCUCUGUAUGUCUUUUAUACGCCCAUUUCUGAUCUGAUUCUGAAAGUUCGGGUAAAGUUGUUGAUCCGUGUAACUGACGCAAUCUGAGCUGCUGCAAUGUCAAAGCGAUAUCUACUGGAAUUCAGACCAGGGUCAGUUCAUAUUUAAGUCCUUUUUAAAGCAAGAGCGCUUUCUACUUGAGCCUACAGAAACACAAAAAAAAAAAACACCUGGCAUUUUUGGUGCAAUGUAAUCAGUGUAUUUAUGCCAGAAAAGAUCAGUAGAAAGGUUUUCAGCAUCCAUAAACAGAUUUGUUAAGGAUUCCAGUCACAUAGAAACAUGCUCUACUACUGAAUGUGCAAUAGGGCAAUAACUUCAUCAUGUAUUCAUAGUGCAUGCAUGUACAUGGUAGUGAGAUAGUGUGUAUCAAUCUGUCAGUAUUACUGUCUAACCUUCCCAACUUCAUUUCAGUGGUCUGAAUGCCAGCAAAUGCUCCCUCCCUUCACUCACCCUCAUCCUUAAGUUGUAGUUAAUAUCAUAUCAUUGAUUAGCCAGAGUGAAAUUUCCACUGCACUGUUUUACUCGAGUGCUCCAUCAUAUCUGAUAUUAUUUCUUCAGAGAGGGGUUGAAAGAAGGGAUUUGUGUUCAGGUGUUUGAAUGACAGGCGAUGUUCAGUCAACAGAACAGUUCUCUUGUUCAGUGCCUGAUUAUUUCUUUAAUAAUUUUUUUUUGUUUAUUUUAAAUAAUCCUCAGAAGUUUAUGAAAUUCCACUUUGACGAGGUUUUAGCUUUAUAUACAACAUAUUUUUAUGUUAAGAUUACUGCAUUAACCACGUUAUUGACCUUUUUAAUGAAAAGAUACUGUAUGUCUAUUCUGAAUAAUUAGUAAACAUUGGUGCAAUAUAUUGUUUCUGUCCAGUGAAAAACUUGUAUCUCCAAUUUUUGAUGAUUUGAACAUUUUUAGAUAAACUAAAUCAAUCAAAUGUUACUUUAUGGGAUUGAGAAAUUCUACUUUUUAAGCUUAAUAAACCAUUUUAAAAACAAAGUACAUUAUCUUUUUGCAAUGUUACAGCUAAAAAUAAAGCUGGUUAUUUUGCAUUCUGACAUUUUGGAGACACAGGACAGUGGCAAUAUAUAAGCUGAUCUUUUUCACACCAUUUUGUAACUCAUAUGAAGAAAACGUGCAAGUCUGUCUGUAUAUGUAUGUCUGUAUUUCUUAUUUAAGAUGAACACUUGAGCAAAGGCAAUCACUACUAACCUGAUUCUGAGAAAUCUUUUGGUCUGUCACACAGUCUCCCUUAAAAGCUUGAUGAUAACCAUGGCUUGUGUUUUAAAAAGGCCUUAUUAAUAUAUGGCUGAGUUUUACACACAAAUGUGCCUUGUUGAUGGGGCGGCAUCUUCAUCCUUUACUGCUCUUAUCAAUGAAAAUGAAUUACAGGAUGAAGGGUAAACCACAGACUGUAUGCCUGGGGAAAUCAGAAUCAUUGUAAGCAGUAGUGAUUGUCCUUUGGACUGUGAUAUGCUUGUUUUUGGUGUGAGGUUUCAUUCCACAAUUCGGUGUGUUGGGUUGGUAAGAUUAAUUUGUUGAGAUUCAUUUAACAUCAUAUUUUGGGCGAAAAUCUGUUCUCCAAAGGAAGUGAUUCAUUUAUUGUCCUGUGUCUUAAGAUGACCCUUUAUUUCACCACUGGCACAUUAAAGAAACAGUUCACCAUUUUGGCGUAAGAUAAUAGGCUUCAUACCACUCCUGUUUGUUUUAUUAAACAUUAAAUAUUAAAUAUAAUAAUAUAAAUUAAAUGUGAGCCUAGCUAGCGGUUAGCCAAAGUCAGCAGCCGCUUAGCUUAGCUUAGCAUAAAGACUGGAAACGGGGGGAAACAGCUAGCCUGGGUCUGUCAGGCGGUAACAAAAUUCGUCUACAAGCCCUUCUAUAGCUAACUAAUUAACAUAUUGUAUUGUAAUUUUUUACUUACUGCUCAAAAAUGUUUAAAAUGUGAAAUCCACACUGCUCAGUUUUACAGUGUUUAUGUGCGGGGCGACUAUUUUCUAACCUUGUAACUUCCUGGAUUGUUGACUGGUUGCCUGGCAACGGGUCCCAGCCACACGGUCCUCCUGAAAUCGGCCAAUUGUGGUUUUUAAACUUCAGCUUUUGUACAUAUUAAACAAAACAGAUAAAAACGGGCUGAUUAGUGAGCUUUAGAUGUAUUACUACUUUUAUAUUUAACAUACAGUACGGGGGAGUGGUAUCAAUAUUGUCUUCUCCGCCAAAUGUUGACCUUUUGCUUUAAUGUCCUGCGAUCAAGUUUGUAUUUUUUGUUUUGUCGGAUCAUAGAUUUUGUAGCACAACACACCAAACUUACAGUAUUGCAGAAUCAGCAGAGCUUCUUACUAAAAGUGGAGCCUAAUGGCAUUGUUUUGUUUUGCUUUCACCAUGUCUGUGUGGAUGUGUGACAGUGUGUUAUUAAUUUAUGUGUGUGUGUGUGUGUGUGUGUGUGUGUGUGUGUGUGUGUGUGUGUGUGGUUCAGUAUGCUGAACCGUCUUUGUAUUUCUGGAGGCCUAUCAAUAAAUCAGUGCUGCUUCCUUUAAAUCUUCCCCACCCACAAAUAACAGAAUUUAUAUCCUCUGCUCCCUGAGUGAGCAUUGUGGUUGAAGGGUAGUGUAUGUAUUAGCAUUUUGUACUGUAAACUCAAGGCAUGCAUCUUGAUACUCUUUAACAAUGAAACCCCCCAAAGGGACACAUACAGUCAUGCUCAGACACCAUUUAGCUGCUGUUUGCUGUUAAAAAAAAAAAAAAACCCACAGAGGGCAGUUGGUUUUGAAGAUGCUACCCUUAGUACUACUGCUGCACGAUGCCCCCCACAUUGACAUUCAGUCUAACCCAGCUUAAGACAUAUUUCACAAAUAUUAAAGUAGCUUCCGCUAAUCACUUCCUCCCUUGCAUCUGCUCAGUGAAGAGUGACAAGAUUUCUUGUUUUAUACAAGCUCUCUCAACAUGGACGCUGACUGAGGAGAAAUAACAGUGUCCCUUUUUUUCCCCUUUUUUAAAAAAAUACUAACUUGUUAAAAAUGACCUGAAAGCCAGAAAUGGCUUUAGUCAGCACUUCUACUCGUGAUAAAUACCAGUUGCUUCCGUUUCCCCCUGCUGUAUCCGCACUCAGAAAGUACAGAGAGGUGAGUUUUAUAUGUUUUGGUAAAGGUUGCUUCUUUGGCUCUGGCAUCGAACAGAUGUAAAGAGGGAGAAGAAUUUAUUUCACCUGAAGUAGCCAUUGCUGUUUAUGUUGAAAAGUCAGGGAGGAGUUUUAGAAGAAAGGAAAUCAUUUCAAAGUUUGGAGGCUUUUACUCUGCUUUGUUAGUCUUUUUUCUCUGCUCGGGCAGUUAUGUAGCAUGUACCUGAAUCCCUCAUCAAAGACUUGCUGUAUUUCUGUCCACGCAUCUACUUUUUGCCCUUUCUGUCUUCUUUGGAAUGUCAUCAACAUGCUGACUUUGUAAUAAAGGAAUUCUUUGACUUUUGAACAUA